UUUCUCUUUCCCAUCUCAGGAAUUCAAACAUGACCAGGAAGAUCUUCACAAACACCAGGGAGCGGUGGAGGCAGCAGAAUGUGAAUAGCGCCUUUGCCAAGCUGAGGAAGCUCAUCCCCACUCAUCCUCCAGACAAAAAGCUGAGCAAAAAUGAAACGCUUCGCCUGGCAAUGAGGUAUAUCAACUUCUUGGUCAAGGUCUUGGGGGAGCAAAGCCUGCAACAAACGGGAGUGGCUGCUCAAGGGAACAUUCUAGGGCUCUUCCCCCAAGGACCCCACCUGCCAGGCAUGGAGGACAGGACUCUCCUUGAGAACUACCAGGUUUCUUCACCUAGUCCAAGCCACCACAUUCCAUAGUGUGGCUCUGGCUGUCAUCACCCAGGUCAGCACUCGCUCAGAACUCCCUGGCUGUGGACAGCCUUUCACAUGUCCUAGAGUCGACACAAUAGUAACUGGUGAGGCAUGAACUGAAGCUUCCUAGGAGGUGGCUCAGGGACAGCUGCAGGGAACCUGGAGGAGACCAUGAGGAAUGUCACUUUGGAGUCCACCCACCCCGCAGGGCUUCGGGCAGAGUGACCUGCCUCUGUCUGUUAUCCAGAUUCUGCAUAAGAUUUUUGGAAAAACGAAUUGUA